UACUACAUCAAACCGAAGCGACAAAAGUUGUACCGGCUCUAGAUCAAGCAUCUUAAUUUUAUCGAACUCUCAGCUACUUUUCCUGAAACUAACUCUCUCUCUCUCUCUCUAACAGAGCGAAGAUGAUGCACAUGACUUUCUACUGGGGGCGCAGCGUCACCCUCCUAUUCGACUCAUGGCAAACCGAUUCGUGGCUGAGUUACGGUUUGACCCUUUUGGCCUGCUUUGUCGUCUCCGCUUUUUACCAGUACCUGGAGGACAAACGGAGGCGCGUCACCCAGAUCGGGGCGAAGAAACCUGCAGAUAUGGAGGUGCCGCUGCUCCAGAAGAAGAUCUCUGGAAAGUUAUCGGUGGGGAGGAUUACCGGGACAGUGCUGUUUGGGGUCAACUCUGGGUUGGGAUAUCUUUUGAUGCUGGCGGUGAUGUCGUUUAAUGGAGGUGUGUUCUUGGCCAUCGUGGCGGGGCUUACGGUUGGAUACCUCGUUUUUGGGAGUGGGGAGACUGAGGACGUUGGUGUAGCUGUUGAUAAUCCUUGUGCUUGUGCUUAGUUUCAAUUGGGUCUUUUAAUUUGUAUUGUUGUUUGCUUGAUUACUGGUUAAUUGAAUUUGUCGUAAUUGUGAAUUCUGUGUUUUCUUUGAUCUGUAUAUCGUUGCUAAAGUGUGAUUGUCACAAGGAAAUCAAAAUUUGAAAUCUUAAUUUGGGUUUUA